CCUGGCGCUGGUAUCUUCAGAGUGGGCACCCACUGUCUGCAGUCUCUGGUCAUCUCCUGUACCGUAUCCGCAGUCUCUGGUCAUCUCCUGUACUAUGUCCGCAGUCUCUGGUCAUCUCCUGUAUUAUGUCCGCAGUCUCUAGUCAUCUCCUGUACUAUGUCCGCAGUCUCUGGUCAUCUCCUGUACUAUGUCCGCAGUCUCUGGUCAUCUCCUGUACUAUGUCCGCAGUCUCUGGUCAUCUCCUGUACUAUGUCUGCAGUCUCUAGUCAUCUCCUGUACUAUGUCUGCAGUCUCUAGUCAUCUCCUGUACUAUGUCUGCAGUCUCUGGUCAUUCCCUGUACUAUUUCUGCAGUCCAUUGGCUCAGAAUAUUUUUUUUUCUUGUUUUCCUCCUCUAAAAUGUAGGUGCGUCUUAUAGUCAGGUGCGUCUUAUUGACCAAAAAAUAUGGU